GACUAAGGCGGAGCCAGGACUUUAGCCUCCGCCUCCCGGACCAGGGUUCUUUCCCCACCACUCCUCGGCAACCUUGAUUGGCGCUGGGGGUCUCGGUUUCCUUUACUUCACCCGCAUUCCGUUUGCCAACCCAGCCCAGAGACGUGGGCGGCUGGCUGGUAGCAGGUGCCUGGCAAGGUGCAGGUGCGGCGGCGGCGGCCGAGCUGCGCUUUAGGCCCCCGCGACCAUAGAGUCCGGAAGUGCAGCUAGAACAGCUCCCGGGGGCGCAGCACCGGCAGAGCCCCGGACGGCAAGGGCCGCGCCCGGGCCGGCGGAAUGGCUGCAGUGCUGGCCAUCAGGGUGGUUGCGGGACUGGCGGCAGCCGCGCUGGCGGCCGUGCUCUUGGAGCACUAUGGGUUGGCGGGUCAGCCCUCACCGCUGCCGCAGCCCCGCGCCUCCAGGAGCCCGCACCCCGCGCCGGGCCCCGGAGCCGGCAACAUCUUCUGGGGUCUGCAGAUAUCCGACAUUCACCUGAGCAGGUUUCGUGAUCCAGGCAGAGCUGUAGACUUAGAGAAGUUCUGUUCAGAAACUAUUCGCAUCAUUCAACCAGCUCUCGUCCUGGCAACAGGAGACCUGACUGAUGCCAAAACAAAGGAACACUUGGGAUCCAGGCAGCAUGAGGUAGAAUGGCAAACUUACCAGAGUAUUCUGAAGAAGACAAGGGUCAUGGAAAAAACCAAAUGGCUUGAUGUUAAAGGAAAUCAUGAUGCAUUCAACAUUCCAAGUCUGGACAGUGUCGAGAAUUAUUACAGGAAAUAUUCUGCUGUACGUAAGGAUGGCUCUUUCCAUUAUGUCCACAGUACUCCCUUUGGAAACUAUUCUUUCAUCUCUUUGGAUGCCACCCCAAAUCCAGGGCCUAAGAGACCCUAUAAUUUCUUUGGAAUUUUAGAUGAGAAGCAGAUGGAGGAACUUCUCCUACUGGCCAAGGAAAGUAGUCAGAGCAACCACAGUAUUUGGUUUGGACACUAUACAACAUCCACUAUCCUUUCUCCAUCACCUGGAAUUCGGUCUAUAAUGAGUUCAGCUACAGCAUAUUUGUGUGGGCACCUGCACACUCUCGGUGGACUCAUGCCUGUUUUGCACACGCGUCACCUCCAGGGCACUUUGGAACUUGAGGUGGGAGACUGGAAAGAGAACAGAAGGUACCGAAUCUUUGCUUUUGACCAUGACCUCUUUAGCUUUGCAGAUUUGGUCUUUGGCGAGUGGCCUGUGGUUCUUAUCACUAAUCCUAAGUCACUCUUAUAUAGUUGUGCUAGACAUGAACCACUAGAAAGACUCCUUCAUUCAACACACAUCAGGAACCACCAUACUGUUUUCCAUAGCGGCUGUACCAUUUUACAUUACCACGAGCAGUGCAUAAGAAUCUUGGCCUUUUCCUUGACCUCCAUUACUUCUGUCACAGUUAAGAUUGAUGGAGUUCAUUUAGGGCAAGCUAUUCAUUUGUCUGGUCCUAUUUUCAUACUGAAGUGGAACCCACGAAACUACAGUAACAGGACACAUAACAUAGAAGUAAUUGUCCAGGAUUCUGCUGGAAGAAGUAAGAGUGUUCACCACCUAUUUUCUGUUCAAGAGGAUAUUCACCUCAGAUUUGAUCCCCUGGCAUCAUUUAUUCUUCUUACCGACCAUUGCAUCGUGGCCCGGGUCCUUUUUGUGAUAAUUGUGCUGAUCCAGCUCACUGUUCUCAUUACUUUUAGGCACCGAGGAUAUCCAGAGCAUAAAGGGUCUCCAGGAUUUAUAAAUUUGACUUCCUUUUCUCUCCAUGUCCUGAGCAAACUAAACAUCUUCUACUAUUCUGUGUUGUUGCUGACCCUGUAUACAGCACUAGGACCAUGGUUUGUUGGUGAGAUUACCAAAGGCAAAUUGGGUUGCUGCUUUUCCUUUGGGAUGUUUGUUGAUGGACAUUUCCUACAAGGCAGCCUAACAUUUGUAGUUGGCAUUCUGCAGCUGGCAUUUUUUAACAUACCCUUGAUGGCUUACCUGUGUUGGAGCUUGCUGCAGCGGUGCUUUGGUCACAACUUCCGGUCUCAUCUCCAUCAAGGGAAAUACUUGAAAGUUAUACCUGUUCACCUACUUAUGUUACUGCUGUACAUCUGGCAGAUCUAUUCCUGCUACUUUCUUCAUAUGACAUAUGGUGCUCUAGCUUUUUUCUUCUCCCCUUUGCGGACCUGGUUAACACUGUUGACACCUUUUAUCAUUCGUUGCGUGUGGACUCUGAACUCUACUGAGCUUGGAACCUUCAUAGCACAGUUAAAAAGCCACUUGAGCUCCUGAAGGUCUUGUGUCACCAUCCGCCUCUGUAGCCCAGGCUUCUGCCCCAGCAGCAGGUGGAAGGCCAGUGCUGGGGGCAAGCUUCAGGAAGCUGCUACAACCUGGACAUCUGGGAGUUGGGGGGAUUACUCACUACUGAUUCCUGCAGAAUGGACUGCAGAAAAAUCUAAAUAAUGCCAUGAUUCCUUCCUUUGCCAGGAAGGCAGGGGAUUGAUUUACUUUUGUGAAAAAGUUCUAAUCAGGAGAUCCACAGGGCAGGGUGUGGGUGUGUGUAUGGGAGUAUCAGAAGCCCACUGUAUUUUUUAUGGUUACCUCAUGUAAAGUACCUAGCACAGUGUGUGGAACUCAGCAGCCGGCAAGGGAGCCACUAGUGGGGUAGGUAAGCGGUAGGAACUUGGGCCCUCCCCUGACUACCCUUGAGAUAAUAGCUCCAAGUCUUCUUUUACCUCGGGGUUAUGGGCUCUCGGCUUCUUUAGGUGGGGGUGCUUUCAGCUAAUCAAAUAAAAGAGUAAUGAUUAAAAACCGCGA